ACUUUGAAACUAUGAGCGUGAUUUCGGUUACUUGCGUUACCAGCGAUACUGUUUUGUGAUCUUGCAGACAAACCAUGGAGUGCACUUCAGAACCAGAUAAAGAAUCAGAAAAAAGUUUGGAUGAAGUAUGCCAAAAAAUGGAUAAACUGUCAGAAUUAAAUGGGGAUUCGCCCGUAAAAUUAGUAACGAAAAAGAAGAAGAAACAUAAAAAGAAGACUGGAAAAUGCACAAAUGGUGACGAUUCGACCCUGAUGAAAGAAAAUGAGACGGGAGACACUUCAGUUAACUGUCGUGAAAACAUGUCCUCUGCUGUGAAAACGUCAAACAAGAAGUCUAAAUCGGAAAAUUCAGGUGUCAUACGUCAGACGGAUCCUCCUUCUAUUCCUGUAUGUCAGUUGUAUCCUAAAGGAGACUACCCAGUUGGUCAGAUUAUUAAUUAUGAGCCCGGCACUGAUUGUCGUACAGCUAUCAAUCGCACAACAUCAGAAGAGUGCAAAGCUCGUGACAAUGCUCAUAUAGAGAUCUAUCAACAGUUUCGUGAAGGUGCAGAGGUUCAUAGACAAACGAGAAACUAUAUUAAGAAAUGGAUACGUCCGGGUAUUCGUCUCAUCGAUAUGUGUGAAGAACUCGAACGCACUAGCCGUGCACUCAUUUUGGAACGCGGAUUGAAUGCAGGCUUAGCUUUUCCAACAGGUUGUUCAAUUAAUCAUUGUGCAGCUCAUUACACUCCCAAUGGGGGUGAUAAUACAGUUCUAAAUUAUGACGAUGUAUGCAAAAUUGAUUUUGGAGUACAUGUAAAUGGUCGUAUUAUUGAUUGUGCUUUCACACUUCACUUUAAUCCUAAGUUUGAUACUUUGGUAGAGGCUGUUAAGGAUGCAACUAAUACUGGUAUUAAGGCAGCUGGCAUUGACGUACGUUUGUGUGAUGUUGGAGCAGCCAUUCAGGAGACUAUGGAGUCCUAUGAAGUAGAAUUAGAUGGAAAUACUUACCAGGUGAAACCUAUACGUAAUUUGAAUGGUCAUUCUUUGGGGCCAUACCAAAUUCAUGCGGGGAAAACUGUGCCAAUCGUACGUGGAGGGGAGCAAACUCGUAUGGAGGUAUGUCCAUUAAUCAUCUGUGUGAUUCUUACGUUAUUUCGUUUUCAAAAUAAAAUGUUAGCUUAAUAUUACCUUUUUUUGUUACGAUUUUUUUUUGAGGAAAAUGAAUAUUAUGCAAUCGAAACGUUUGGUAGUACAGGAAAAGGUUAUGUUAUUGAUGGAGAUGAAGUUUCGCACUAUAUGAAGAAUUUCGACGUUAGACAUGUUCCUCUGAGGUUGGCGAAAUCGAAACAACUGUUGAAUGUGAUAGACCGUAAUUUCAGUACUCUUGCAUUUUGUCGCCGUUGGUUAGAUCGUUUAGGUGAGACAAAAUAUCUUAUGGCCCUAAAGAACCUAUGUGACGUUGGAAUAGUAGAUCCAUAUCCGCCUCUGUGUGAUCAACGUGGUUGCUACACUGCUCAAUGGGAGCACACGAUUUUGCUAAGGCCAACAUGUAAAGAAGUUGUCUCUCGUGGGGAGGAUUACUAAGUAACUUCCAUGUUUUUCAUUCAGGAUUCACUGUAGACGUUAUAAAUUGUUUCGAUAUUUUGAUAAUAUUUGAAAGAUUUAUUUUCGUUUGAACAUGUGUCCAAGAUACAGUUUGAUAUAGUGUUCCACUAUGUGUCUCAGUCAUUAUUGUUUUAAUUGAUUUCCCAGCGCUAACAAUCCUUCUUAAGGCUCUCUGCUUAUCAAUCUUUAUUUUGACCUCAAUAUCCGUGAGUUUAUAUCUAUAUUGUACACUUUCAUGUUUUUAUAGUAACAACUAGGUUUUGUAAAUUAAGUCACAUCUAAAUAAAGUCCAGUAAUAUAUGAA